AUGAAGGCAAUCAUGAAAGGAUUCUACUUUGACUGCUUGCAGACAAAUAUCAUAUUCUGCUUGAUUUAUCUUCUAUCAUUCAAACCUCAACUGAGUUGGGCAUUUGAUGGGUUAUCAAAGUCAUAUUUGGAGAGCAAAGAGGGUGGAUCAAGAUAUUAUCAUCUAUGGAAAAGUGCAGGAAUCUUGGAUGGUAUAUUCCCAUUGUCCUCAGAAGCAACUAACCAGGCUGAUUUUGAGGAAGGGGGAAAGACUUCAUCAGGAUUCUCCUUUUUUAAACAUGAGAUGAUAACACCAACCAACAACAAUGCACAUGGCUCUUUUGAGGACUUUCAUACAAAGGAAACAUUUCAACACUCCAAAAGUCUUUUGAAACAAGUAGAACCAUACUCUGCCAGUUAUACAUCAUCAAUUGAUUGUAUGGGUUACAUUCAACCAUCUGUGGUAUCUUAUCAAAAAUACACAACUACACAACCAUCAUUCAAAGAAAUUCAAAAAUCUGAGCCUUCUGAACGUUAUCAUCCAACUGAAGAUUCACAAUGUCAGCCUGAAGGAUUGGAAGUGGCCUUCAGAAGGCCGAAUGAAGUUAAUGGCCAUGUUAUGGAGAUGGAUAAUCUUAAGGCAGAUACUCAAUCCACUCGGGUUUUCCCAAAGACAAAGGAGAUUCCAAAAGCCCAGAUUGGUUCAAGUAAUGACCCAUACUCCAAGAGUGAUUUGAUAGAAAGGAAACUUAGAACCAUUGACACCCACAAGCUGAAUCAACAGCCACCCCAUAAUCCACUGAUAGCAUCAAAAGAUCCUUCAAAACAAGAUAACAUCAGACCAGAUGUCCAGGUAGGGGAUCCAGAAGUUUUCUCAAAGGUUGCAAAAGUUCCCAGCUCAUGGAUUAAGUCCAAGACAGAUGUCAUAAGGAAAGUUGAGACACAGAACAUCAACUCAUAUAAUCAUAAGGGAAGCAAGACGAAGCCCAAAGGUUUACAAUCCAAUGAACCAAAGAGAUUGGUGACUCAAGAAAAGACAAACCAAUUUGAAACCCAAAAAAUCAGCCCACGAGAAGCUCUUCCAGAUGUGAAAGAAAAGAAACCAAUGCCAGAAGUUUCAAAAACACCUAUCAAAGUGAUUAGUGAUAAAAACUCAUUUGUUGCAUUGAAUGAUUUUGAUGAAGCUUUGAAUCCAGAAAACAGAGAUGCUGCACUAAAAGAGCAAAAGAAAGAAUUUCAAACCCCAUCAUUCAAAACACCCCAUGAUGAAGAGGCCACAGCAUUCAGAAACACCAAGGCAGAUAAUCCAGUGGUUGAUUUGGGGAAUAGUUUCAGUGAUCAAAACUUUUUGGAAGAUGAAAAAGAGAAUCUGAACAAUAUCAAUGGAGACUCAAGUACUGAAAAAAACAGCCCUGGGGCUUUGCAGGAUGGGAAUACUAGUGGGUCAGAAGUAGACCUGGGAAAAGAAAGACUGAAGGACUCAAAGGAUACAGCUAAGGAGAUUGAAAAAGAUGGACAAGGAAAGAGAAAAACUCUUAGAAGUAAAAAAGGGAAGAAAAAUAACAAAUCCAAGAAGGGCAAGAACAAUUCUGCGGUAAACUUUCUCAAACCUUCAAUAUCAUUGUUUGAUACAGUAGUUCCUGCUUCAAUCAAUAAUCAAGUACCAAAAAUUGACAAAAAAACUUUGCUCACCAAGGAAGAACUCUUCAAACUGGAUAGAAGGCUAUUCCUUCAGAAUUGCUUGAAAUUCCAUGAUAAGACAAUUGGCCUGUCUAUCUUGAUCAAUGAUUUAGAGUUUGAUUACUUGAAUUCCCAUAGAUACAUGGAAGGAAUGGAUACAUGGAAGGAAGACAUGUGGUCAUUUGUGCAUUCUUUUGGAGAUUUAUCUGAGGGAGCACGGAGAGUAAUCUUCUUAGAUGAACAAUUCAGAGAAAAACUCAUUGUCUGGAAGUGGCAUCAUAUCAAAAAUCAUCUGCCAGAAUAUGCUCAAGACUGGGCCAAAUCUCUGAAAGCUGAUGAAGAAUUUCCAACAUUUGAGGAAUCAUCUCCAAAAGAUUAUCAAAUAUAUCGUCAGCAAGCAAAAUUUCUUGAAAACCAAAGUCCAGUCACCAUGCAGAAAGCUGUGAGAAUAUUUGGGGGUCAAGUGUUCAAGCGUGUUGUAACACUAGAUCUGAUGUCUCAAUAUCAAUCAAAUUUUGUCAAAGAGGUUUGCAAAAGUGGAGAAGUCAAGGAAGGUCUUGUUGAUUUAGCUAUACUUAUUGCUAUAGAUCAAAGUCUUGAUUUGGGAACUACAGAUUAUUUGACAAAGAUAGAUAGAACAGAUAUUCAAUCCAGGGCAUCUAAAUUGCUUGAUGCUAUGAAUGGGAAGGUCAUUUCAUACAGUGGCGAAGAGUAUAAAAACAGAAAUUUUGUUUGGAGGUCAGAGCCUACCAGAUAUUAUCUGACUGAGAAGAAUCCAGGAAUCUCAGAACGUUUUGAAGCACAUAUCAAAGAUCUGGCCAGGCAUGCUGACUUAUUGGGGGUAGAGAUCCCAAAGAGAGUGGAAAGUUACAUCCCAAUAUCAACAAACGGAUUAGGCCUGGGUGAAGUAUUACUCUGUGCCCAUUCUGGGAUGAAAUUUGGUAUCCUUUUAGAAAUCAGAGAGAUAUUCAAAUUACUAAAACAACCACCCCCCAAGCGGUCCCAAGUCAUUGGAAAAUGGUCAAGUAUCUCUGGACCACUCACCUCCGAGGCUAUUCUCAUAAAAAGAUAUUGUGAUCUAAGAAAUUGUAUAAUCUCUGGUUUGAAUCAAUUUAUUGAUAAUUUUUAG